AACUGACUGAUUCCUCCAAUUUCCAUAACUUGGAUCGUAUAUUUCUAAUUUCUAAAAAAAUUAAAAAGAAAAUUGAAUAAUUACGAAUUGAUUUGCCGCGCUUCAACGCCAAGAUGGCCGCUACAAGGUUAUAGAAAGAAUAGAUGGUGCCCUGCACUUUAACAUCUACUACAGUCAAUAUAAAUGUAAACCGAGUGUACAUGUAUAGUUAGUAACUUCUCUAAACCCGGCACGUGCGAUAUUUGGAUUGGUCAUUGUCAUCAAUGUGUAUUUAUUAACUGAACAAGUACUAAAAUUUGUUAAUUAUAAUUCAAAAACAAACACUACAUGAAUAUUAUUUUUAUGAAUUUUUUAUUUUUUCCAAGAACUAAUUGAAAAUGUGGAUUCCUCAGUGUAUUUUUUUAUCAUUUGUUACAUUAAAUAUUCUUGCUCAUGAUGUUGGAAAAGUAAAUAAGAAAUAUGUAACAACACUAAUUAAUGCUAAAUGGAAAGAUACUCCUAUUAUUUUGGAAGUAUCUGAAUAUCUUUAUGAUGAAAAUCCAACUUACUUUUGGAAGUUUAUUGAUUUGAUUUGUAAAGACAAUGACAACGUUUAUAACCCAGUCACCGAAAAGGAGCAGUAUGAUCAAGCACUUGAGCUGGCAAGUCAUUUUCUAAGUCCAAGUGAGAUAGCUAUUUUGAAAUUAUCUUUAUCAUUAAGAAUUCAUUCAGCAAGAGUAGAAAUGUUCUCUCAAAUGGCACAAAAUAAACCUGAUAUACCAAGUUGUGAUAAUUUUGUCGAUAUUGGAGGAAAAUUCAGUUGUUCGAUAGAAAACCAGAUAGAAAAAUUGAAAGAAAGUGCUGGAAAUUCAGCACACAUUUAUUCAAUAGAUCAUAAAUAUCCUGAAAAAUUAAAAUCUAAAAAUUAUGCAAUAUUGUAUGGACAAAUAGGGUCACCUGGAUUUUGUACUUUACAUAAACGUUUGAAAUCAUUAACUGAGUCAACAGAAUUAGUUUAUGUUCUUCGUCAUUACGUAAAAAAUCGACCUGAUAAAAAUUUACGUCUAUCUGGAUAUGGAGUAGAACUUCAAAUGAAAUCAACAGAAUAUAAAGCAACAGAUGAUUCUGAUAUUAGAGACAAUUCUGGAAAAGAUUCAGAAGAGCAAAAUGAAGGUGUUGAAGAAAUUGAUGGAAUAAAUUUCAACAUUUUAAAAAAUUUGUAUCCUGAAAAACGAGAAAAACUAGACGAAUUAUUAACACAUUUAUUAGAUACUAGUGAUGCAGUUAGUGCUUUAAAAGUUUGGCAAUUUCAAGAAUUAAGUCAUCAAGCUGCUGAAAGAAUAAUGAAAUCAUCACCGUCUGAAGCUAUUCAAAUAUUUACUGAUAUAGCUCAAAAUUUUCCUAUGCAAGCUAAGUCUUUAAUAAGUACUAAAGUGAGUCAUCAAAUGAAGAAAGAAAUGAAGAAAAAUCAAGAAAUAUUUUUUGCCAAUUUACACAUUCAACCAACUGAUACAGUCAUUUUUAUAAAUGGUUUAUAUUUUGAUUUAGAUGCCAUUGAUAGCCUUGUCUUACUAGAAACACUGCGUGCUGAACUUCGUGUAAUGGAAGCACUCCACAAAAUAGGAUUUAGUCAUAAAAAAAUGGAUCAACUUAUCGCUGUUGAUUUAUCAAGUAAAACAGACAAUCAUGAUUUUGCAAUAGACAUAAGAGAUUCAGCGAUCAUUUGGAUGAAUGAUUUAGAAAAUGAUAGACGUUAUAGUGAUUGGCCAGUAUCACUGAAUUCACUGUUACGACCAACAUUUCCUGGUAUGCUUCGUAAUAUUCGACGUAACAUUUAUAAUUUGAUACUUCUAAUAGAUCCUUUGAGUGAAAAAUCAAAACCAUAUUUAAGUACAGCUGAGACUCUGUAUGCUCAUUCAGCUCCCGUUCGUGUUGGAUUUGUUUUUAUCACAAAUUUUAAUACAUCAGAAAUUGGAUUAAACGAUGCAAGUAUUGCUGUUAAUAAUGCCUAUCAUUAUUUAACAGAAACAAGAAGUCCUAAAGAGGCGGUUUAUUUUCUAUCAAGACUAGGAAGUUAUAAUAGUAGUGAUGGUUUAAAAGUAUCAGAUAUUAUAAAAGCUCUACGUUCAUAUGAUUCUUCGGCAAAUAUUAAUUAUAUUUUUGGUGAAGAAUCUGAAUACGAUGUUGGACGUCAUCUGGCAAAUGAUUUUGUAAAACGUACGGGUUUCAAGAAAUUCCCUCAAGCUUUAUUGAAUGGUGUACCAUUAGCUGCCUCUGAAGAUGCUGAGUCUUUUGAAGAAAUUGUUUUAUCUGCAAUUAUGACACAAACAAUGUUUUUACAAAAAUCUAUUUAUAAAGGAGAUGUGAGUGAAGGAGAUGAUAUUAUCAAUUUUAUUAUGGAUCAACCUAAUGUAAUGCCACGGUUAAAUGAAAGAAUAUUAAAAACUGAUGAAGAUCAAUGGUUAAAUCUUAUAGGAAAUUUACCAAGUGAUGACAGAAUUGAUUCAUGGAAUUCACAGGAUAUGUCAACUUGGUUAAUGAAGAAUUCGCAUUAUUUAUAUAUGCCUCGUCGUAGUAGUGGUAGACAUUUGUAUACUUAUUGGAUUGUUGCUGAUCUAGAAGAUCCAAAUGGUCGAGAACUUUUACGUGAAGCAUUAGAUUAUUUAGAAUCUAAUGCAGAUGUGCGUAUUACAUUAAUUAUUAAUAGAAAAGAAAAAGAAUCUUCUGAUCCAAUGGAAGAUAUAAAUAAAAUUGUUCUUGCUGCAAUUGAAUCGCAAUCUGAAGAAAAUGUUAUAAGUUACAUUCAAAAAAUUAUCUCUGAAGAAAAUGUUUUGUUAAUUAAAAAAAAUGAGUUUAAUAUUAAAGAGGAUAUUGAUGUUGAAAAAAUCAAUUCACAAGAAUUUAAAUUAAAAGUAUAUCAGUAUUAUUCAAAACUAACACUUAAUCUAGCACCUGGAGAACGAGCUGUUAUAUGCAAUGGCCGAGUACUUGGACCCUUAAAUGAUGAUGAAAAUUUCUCAAGUAAAGAUUUCGCAUUAUUAGAACGUUUCAGUCAGAGUACAUAUGGAGCAAAAUUAUUAAAAAAUCUGAAUGAAACGCAAGGAGUUCAUAUGAAAAAUAAUGCCAAUAAUGAAGAUGGCAAUGAAAGAAUUUCAGAUGAUGUGAUAAUGCAAAUAAUAUCAUUACUUGUGCCAAGACCUCAAACACGUAAUCGGUAUAACGUUCCAUUUAGUGGUGACGAAUAUAGUGUAAUUAAAGUUCCUGCAGCGAACCCUGAUGAAGCAGCUUUCAAUUUAAUAGCCAUAGUUGAUCCAGUUUCUCGUGGAGCUCAAAAACUAGGAGCUAUUUUGAACACACUACAAAAAUCAUUAAAUUGUAAUAUUAAAUUAUUCCUCAAUUGUGUAGACAAAAAUAGUGAUAUGCCUCUAAAGAGCUUCUAUCGUUUUGUAUUCGAGCCUGAAUUACAAUUUUCUGCUGAUGGUCAAUUAAUUGGUGCUAUUGCAAAAUUCACUAAACUACCAACAUCAUCAUUAUUAACACAAAAUAUUCAUGCUCCAGAAAAUUGGUUGGUAGAAGUAGUUAAAAGUGUUUAUGAUUUAGAUAAUAUCAAGUUGGAUAAUGUAGCUAUGGGAGUACAUAGUGAAUUUGAAUUGGAACAUCUACUUUUAGAAGGGCAUUGUUUUGAAGCAAAUAUGGGUAAUCCACCAAGAGGAUUACAAAUAACUUUAGGAACUGAGAUGCAACCAAUAAUGGUUGAUACAAUUGUUAUGGCUAAUCUUGGUUAUUUCCAAUUAAAAGCCAAUCCUGGAGAAUGGGUAUUACGUUUACGACAAGGAAGAUCUGCUGAUAUUUAUGAUAUUACUUCAGUGGAUGGUCAAGAUGCUAUUCAACAUGGUAGUGAAGUUAAAGUUUUAAUAAGUUCGUUGAAGAGUCAUGUUCUUAAAAUUAAAGUUACCAAAAAACCGGAUAAAUUAAAUGCUGAUUUAUUGGCUGAUGAUGACACUAAGUCAGGAAUUUGGAACUCCAUCUCCAGGACAUUUGGUUCAGAUGAUAACGAGGACAAAGAUGAAAAAAUAAAUAUUUUCUCUCUUGCAUCGGGUCAUCUUUAUGAAAGAUUUUUAAAAAUAAUGAUGUUAAGUGUAAUAAAACACACAAAAACUCCAGUCAAGUUUUGGUUUUUAAAAAAUUACCUUUCACCAACGUUGAAAGAUUUCUUGCCAUAUAUGGCCAAAGAGUAUGGUUUUGAAUAUGAAUUAGUACAAUAUAAAUGGCCACGAUGGUUACAUCAACAAACUGAGAAACAAAGAACUAUUUGGGGAUAUAAGAUUCUCUUUUUAGACGUACUAUUUCCAUUAGAUGUUAAAAAAAUAAUAUUCGUUGAUGCAGAUCAAGUUGUGAGAGCUGAUCUAAAGGAACUUAAUGAUUUAGAUCUUGAAGGUGCACCAUACGCUUACACACCUUUCUGUGAUAGUAGAAGGGAAAUGGAUGGCUUUAGAUUUUGGAGACAAGGUUAUUGGAAAACUCAUUUACAAGGACGAUCUUAUCAUAUUAGCGCUCUUUAUGUCGUUGAUCUUAAACGAUUCAGACGUAUUGCGGCUGGUGAUAGAUUAAGAGGUCAAUAUCAAGCACUCAGUCCGGAUCCAAAUAGUUUAGCCAAUUUAGAUCAAGAUUUACCAAAUAAUAUGAUUCAUCAAGUUGCUAUAAAAACAUUACCACAAGAAUGGCUGUGGUGUGAAACUUGGUGUAGUGAUGCUUCAAAGAAAUAUGCAAAGACUAUCGAUCUGUGUAAUAAUCCAAUGACUAAAGAGGCUAAAUUGCAAGCUGCCAUGCGUAUACUUCCGGAAUGGGUUGGUUAUGAUGAAGAAAUAAAAGCUUUACAGAAAAAAAUGGAAAAUAUUAAUAAACAAAAUGAAAGAGAAGAAAAACUUGAUUCAGAUGAUACCAGUAAACAUGAAGAAUUGUAAGAUAAUCAUUAAUUUUUCAUAUUAAGUAAUAAUAAUUAUAAUGAUAAAAAUAGUUGUAACAUUUUAUUGUACAAAUAAAUCAUUUUUACACUA